AAGCAUGCGUAUAGUGGACUACGUAGAUUAUGUGGGGAAGCCAAUAUGGCUGGGUGGCAUCGGUUAUCCGCACGAUUACAAUAAAAGUAAACUUUUUGGAUAAUUCAAAAAGAAUUUUAAAUAAAUAUGUCGGAUUAUUUACGAUCUGCUAUAGGAUACUUAAAUGGAGGAACUAAUACUAAUGAAUACGUUGGCCAAAUUUUGGAAAUCAAUAAUGUAAAACUCCGAGUUAACAGAUUAAUUGCCGAAGGUGGAUGGGCUUUGGUGUUUGCAGUAGAAGAUAUUUCAACAGGAAAGGAAUAUGCACUUAAGAGACUCAUCGCAGCUGAUGAAGAUGCUAACAAAUCUAUUAUACAGGAAAUAGAAAUAUUAAAAAAAUUGUCAGGCCACCCUAAUAUUAUUCAAUAUUUGUAUGCACAGUGUUUAGAAAAAGAAGCUAGUAAGAAUAUUGAAUAUUUACUAGUCACAGAAUUAUGUCCUGGUGGGACCCUUGCCGAUUUACUUCGAAAUGUUGCUUCAAAUUCAUUAACACUUGCUCAAAUAUGUAAAAUUGCCUAUCAAGUAACAAAAGCUGUUCAUCAUAUGCAUAGUCAACAGCCUGAGCCAUUUAUACAUCGUGAUAUUAAAUUGGAAAACUUUUUAAUUGGAGCUGAUGGUAUUAUCAAAUUAUGUGACUUUGGAAGUACUACAACUAAUCAAAUCUUACCAAAUCCAUCAUGGAAUGCCCAAAAACGUGCUACUUUGGAGGAUCAAAUGGCGAAAUGUACAACACCUAUGUACCGUGCCCCAGAAAUGAUGGACACAUGGAAUAAUGAACCUAUAGGACCACCAGUUGAUUGUUGGGCACUUGGUUGUAUUUUUUAUUCUUUAGUUACUUUGCGACAUCCUUUUCCAGAUGGUAAUAAAUUAGCGAUUCUCAAUGCCAAGUAUCCACCAUUACCUCCUAAUCUUCGGUUAUCAUGUAUACAUGAAUUAAUAAAAUUGUGUUUGAAUGUAUCGCCAGUGCAAAGACUUACAACAGCCACAUUAUUAGAACGACUUGCAUCAAUUGGAGAAUCAAAUGAUAUUGAUCUUAGAGAACCUCCAAAUGUGGAAAUUGUAACUAAACCUCCUCCACCACCAAGACCUACACCACCUUCUAAUACACAGUCACCGCCACCAAGACCAGUUUCUACAGCAACAAUGCCACCUCCCAGGCCUGUUCCAACUCAACAAUCUGCAGUUAAAUCAGCAGUUGUAGCACAGCCAGUCGGCCUAUUUAGUUCAUUAAAAGGUGGUGCGGGUAGUUUAUUACGCAAUAUAAAAGAUACUUCCAGCAAAGUGAUGCAUACUGUACAACAAAGUAUGGCAAGAACUGAAUUGGAUGCUAGUUAUUUAACGUCACGUAUAUUAAUAAUGCCAUAUCCAGCUGACGGUAUAGAAUCUGCAUAUAGGGCAAAUCAUGUAGAAGAUGUAAGGAAUUUCCUUCAGUCGCGGCAUCCACCACCAACUCGUAUACAGUUAUAUAAUUUAUCUCGUGGACGACCAAGUGUUUCUAGAUUACCUGGGAGACAUAUAGAUUGUUCAUUUGCUUAUGCAUCUGCAGACUCUACUGCUCCUUUAUUGUCUGCAUUAUACCAAAUUUGUCAAGAUAUAUAUAGAUAUUUGAAUGCUGAUUUUAAUCGUAUUGUAGUUUUGUAUUGCACAGAUGGAUAUCAUGCAAGUGCUACAGUAGCAUGUGCUCUUUUGAUUUAUGCUAAAGCUUUAUUUUCUAGCGAAGAGGCAAUAGCAUUAUUUACAACAAGACGCUGUUUACCCCCACAAUUACAACCAUCAGAAUUGCGCUGUAUUAAUUAUAUGACUUUUCUUAGCAAUGGUACUCUUCCUCAUAUUAAACCUUUAAUACUUCGUUCUCUUGUAAUACAGCCAGUACCAUUAUUUACAAGAGCAAAAGAUGGUUGUAGGCCUUACAUUGAGAUUUAUAGCAAUGGUGCACAAGUUUUUUCGACUAAACGACAAAUAUACGAAGAAAUGAGAUUAUUUAGUAUGGUGGAAGGAAAAAUAUGCAUAAUAAUAGGAGACGCUACAGUUCGUGGAGAUGUUACAAUUGUUUUAUUCCAUGCAAGGCAACAGCUUGGACGUGUUAUUGGAAUUAAAAUUGCUUCAUUGCAUUUUCAUACAGGUUACGUGUCUUUAAAUGAAAAUGCUUUGAUAUUUGAUAAACAGGACUUAGAUGAGGUUCCAGAAAUUGGAGGAAAAUUUCGUGUUAUUUUAAAUGUUAUGUUUGGCAAAAAUAACUCAAAGUUAUCUAGAGUACCAGCUCCAUGGGAAGCAGAAGAAAGUUCCAAACUUGUACCUGAUCCUUUAUUUGGAUCAACAUUGGAGAUGGAAGAAACAUUAGAGAAUUUUAGAACUACUUUAGAAAAGACUGAAAAUAAUGAUACACCAGAGCCUGUGCCUGAAACAGCAACUGAUAAUAUGGUGCAAGAGGAAAUAUCCUUAAUACAAAAUACUGUACAAGAAAAAGAAGAUAAAAAGGAAGAUAUACUUCAAGAAGCUGACUUAUUAAAUCUAGGAUUUUCAGAUAGCAAUACUGUUAAUAAUCCUAAUCUUACUCCUGCUAUGGAUCCAGGAUUUGAUAUAUUCUCUAGUUCUAGUCAAAACGAAAAUGAUCUCUUGGGAGGAUUUGGCGUGUUUACUCAGCAAGAAACAACAAAAAACUCCCUGCCUACGAUUAAUGACCCUGUACAUAAUGACUUAUUAUUUGGAAAUGAUCAAUCUGUUAAAAUGGAAACUAGUAAAAGUAACAUUAAUGUGAGCAAUCUACUUUUUGAUCAGAACCAAUCUGUAACUAAAGAAACAACUGAAAUAUUGUUUGACCCUUUGAGUGACACCUCCUCAAAUAAUUUUCUUGGAGGUCUGACAAAUUCAAAAUCAAAUGUAUCAAAGAUGCCAAAUGUCGAAGAAAAUUUCCCACGAAAUGCAAGUGUACCAAAUUUUGCAGCACAAAAUAAAGAUCCAUUUGCAAAUCUUGCUGGGUCACUAGGAGCAGGUCUUACAUCUAGCUGGAAUGGAACACCAAGAAAUUCUAAUACUCCUCAAUCUGCUAGCCCAGCUCCUGCUAGUACUCCCAUUCAUUCGAGUCCUAGUAUGCAUAAGUCUAAUACAACUAAUGACACGAGUAACAAUGAUCCCAAUGCAUUCAGCAAUAAAUCAGCAAAAACAAGUGGUGAUGCAUUUGAAGACUUACUUGGUAGUCAAGGAUAUAAUUUUUUUAGCUCCCGAAAAGCAGAAAAGGAUAGUCCCAAAACGAUAAAUCAAAUGCGCAAAGUAGAAGCAGCCAAAACAAUGGAUCCAGAAAGUUUGAAAAUUGCAGAGUGGACUGAAGGUAAAAAAGGAAAUUUACGUGCUCUUCUUUGCUCGUUACAUACGGUUUUGUGGCCUGAAGCUGAAAGAUGGCAGCGUUAUGAAAUGCAUCAAUUAGUUACUGCUGCUGAUGUUAAAAAGGCAUAUAGAAAAGCAUGUUUGGCUGUACAUCCUGAUAAGCAAACAGGAACUGCAAAUGAAAAUAUAGCAAAAUUAAUAUUUAUGGAACUGAAUAAUGCUUGGAGCGCAUUUGAAAAUGAUACAUCUCAACAAAACUUAUUUAGUUAAUUCUUGAAAUUGUUGUUAAGGGUGCAAAUUUAUCUCUAUUACUGUCAUAAGUUUAAAAAAAGAAAGCAAGCUAAAAGUAUAUUAUAUUACAAUUGUUUUAUUUUAAUGUAAAAUAACUCUAUAUUGCAUUCCAAGUAUUAGCUAUGAUCAAGAACAAAAUCAAAUCAGUAUUUUAUUAAAUACUGUGUAAAAUUACAUUAUUUCUAGCCUUUAGGAGUCUAGUUAAUGUAAUAUUUAACAUAUAUGUAUAUAAGGCAAAUAUAAAUUAAAAAGAUUCGAAAUAUAUAAAAAUA